AUGUCAGCGGUCUGCCGUGCAGUGGCAGCUCUGGAUCCAAGUGGCAGCGCUGAUCCACUACGUGCGCUCCUCACUUUGGCCUUGGCAAUUGGCUUGUGGUUCUGCUUGCACAGGUGGCACAAGAUUCGCGAUGCAAAAACAAAGUUAGCCGCUGCAGUAGACACUGGCAAUCCUGACGAGAUGCUCAGGGCAUGUGAUGAGGUUGAAGCGUCUGGUGCAGAUGCAACUGGUGUGCCUGCAGUUCGUCGCAUGGCCAGUGUGCUGAGAAGGUUGGCCACUCUAUGCGAGCCCGGUGAGAUUGUGAAAGCUUGUGACGAUGCCGAAGCUGCCGGUGUGAACGAACAUCAUGUGCAGGCUUUUCGGCAAAAGGCUUGCAAGAUUCGCGGAGCUUUGCGAAGAUUGGCGGCUGCUGAAGACUCAGGCGACGCAGUCGAAAUGCACGAGGCGUGUGACGAGGCCGAGGCAUCCGGUGCAGCUGCAGCUCGUGUGCAUGCAGUUCGACUUAAGGCAAACAUAAUUCGUGCUGAGGAUGAAGUGAAUUUUCAACUGAUGGCAAUGCGCUUCAGUUUGAAAGAUUUACAGGCCAACUUUGCAGCUGAAGAUAGUUUGCACUUGCUAACUCUGCUUGCAGCUACGCUUACAGCGUUGCAGAGCAAGUUGAUAGUGGCUUGCAAAUGUGUGAGUUGCCACGAGGCUGUGCUUGCAGGCCAGGCGCCUGUAUGCUCACAAGGCACACAUUCCUUGUGUCCAUCAUGCUUCGAGAAGUAUGCCCGUGCAGAGCAAGACCAGCCAGAGACUGUGAUUCGUCAACGGGGUGCUCUUCUUGAGUGCCCCUGCCGAGCGCCUGCCGAUGCUUGUUGCAAGGGCUCUUUCAGCGAGCAGACAAUGGCCAAGUACUUGCCAUCAGAGCUCUUUGACACACAUAUGGGCCUACAGCGGCAGCAAAUCCGUGCAGAAGAGCAUGCGAAGGCAAACCAGAUGCUCAACAAGCUGGCAGCAGAAUGGGAGCGGCAAGUGCCAGGGCUGUCGCAGGAGCUGCUCGCAAAUCAGUUGAAAGCAGCCUUGCCAGGUGCACAUCAGUGCGGGCGUUGCGGCUUCGGACCAGUGCUACAUGACCGCUGCGACAAUUUGAGCACCCACCACAAUGAAAGCAGUGGCAGGACUCGAAUCAGCAAUGCUUGUCCAAGUUGUGGUCAUUUUAGUGGCAAUAUUUCGGGCUGGCCACGGUGGGAUGGCAGAGUUCGCCACCUUGCCCAAGCGCGCAGCGCAGAAGUUCAGGCAUAUACCGACACAAAAGCUGCUGCCAGUUCCAGCGACAGCAGAAGCAGGGCAGAGCAGAUACGGCGUGAUUAUGAACUGGCAGUGCGCUUGUCCCGAGCAGCCUAG